AAGUGUCCAUACAAAAUUCUCCAUCACAAGAACAUAAAAAUAGUGAUCAUAUCACAAAGUUUCAACAAAAUGAAGAAGAUAUUCCUAUUAGUACUGUUUUUCUCUUUUUAUUUUGCUAUCUUCACAAAUUCUUGGCUUAGUGAAGCUUCUUCCUCACCUGGACCAAUUCGUGACACAGAUGGCAAACUUCUCCGAACAGAGAAAACGUACUUUAUCGUACCAGUAAACGGUGAAAAAUACGGUGGCGUUGCCGUAGAAACCAUCGACAACGAGGCAUGUCAACUAAGUGUCAUACCAAAACGUUACGUUGAACCACAUGGCCAUGGCCUAGAAUUAAUCCCAGUCGAAAAAAAGAAAGGCGUAGUACGUGUGUCCACUGAUUUAAAUGUUGCAAUUUACAGCACCUACGACUGUCUUAAUUCGACAAUGUGGCAGCUAGAGAAGUACGAUGAUUCGAAAAGGGGGAAGUUUUUCAUUAAUGUUGGUCCUAAGAGUAGGAGGAAUUGGUUCAGGAUUGAGAAGUAUGGGAGGGGUUACAAGUUUGUUUACUGUAAAGUUGUUUGUAAGGAUGUUGGAGUUCGUAUGGUUAAUGGUCAAAUGCGUUUGGGGCUUAACAAUGUCCCUCUUGUGUUCAACUUUAAGAAGGAAAUUCUUAUAGGUCGUUGAACAAUUAAUCUCACUCUACCAAAUGAUAGGACUAAUGAGGAUGAUAAGAACUUGUCCUUCAAAUAAUAAUAAUAAUCAUGAUUUCAUGAUUAAGGAAUAUGGUGUUUGAUAGAUUACUGUAUCAUUUUUCGUUGUUACAUUAUGUCACAAAUCAGCAAUUCUAAGGUCUGGCCUCAGGGGUAGAUCAAGUUGUUAUAAAAA